GUCGGUUGUCCCGCCUCUGUGGGUGUGGCUAAUCGUUGGCGCAUACAGUAGCUCGAGCUCUUCUCGCCAUUUGAGUUUGUACAUAACGGCGAUUAACAUUGUGUGCUCCGGAUUGAGCGUGUAGGAAGCUCGUGGAUUUUUUCAGGAGACCGUGAGCUACGUUCUGCUGCCGCGUCUGGAUCACUAGUAUUUAAAAGAGCUUAUUUGGACCGUUCCUUAUUUCACAGUCUGUUCCUGAGCUAUGUCCAUGGCGGUUCUCGUGCAGCUGGCCUCGCAUGGCGGGUCGCGCGUGUGCCGCAGGAUGGUUCUAAACAGAGUUCGUUUUAUUCAGGACAAGCUGGUGCGAUCGCUGCACAGCCCGUCAGGCACCCGUGCCAGCAAUUCGCGCUUUGACCCGGACAGCAGUGGACGCCCCACCACCUGGGACUCGUUCGGCAUUUGGGACAAUCGCAUCGACGAGCCGAUUCUGCUGCCAUCCAGCAUCCGCUACGGCAAACUCAUCCCCAAAGUCAGCUUGUCCAAGGUGGGCUACGCUUCGCAGAUCGGCCAGCGCAAAGAGAACGAGGACCGUUAUCAGGUGUCACAAAUGACCAAUGACAUCCUUUAUUUCGCGGUGUUCGAUGGCCACAGCGGCGCUCAGGCUGCUGACUUUUGCCAUAAGUACAUGGAGCAGUAUAUUAAAGAGCUCGUGGUAAAAGAGGACAACCUAGAGGUCGUCCUGACAAACGCGUUUCUAAACGUGGACAAAGCAUUAGAGAAGCACCUUAACUUCAGUGCAGAUGCCUCUGUGCUAAGCGCAGGCACUACGGCUACGGUGGCGCUGCUGCGGGACGGCAUCGAACUGGUGGUGGCCAGCGUGGGAGACAGUCGUGCCAUGCUCUGCCGGAAGGGCAAAGCACUUAAACUCACCGUGGACCACACACCUGAGAGGAAGGAUGAGAAAGAGAGGAUCCGUAAGAGUGGAGGUUUCGUGACGUGGAACAGUCUGGGCCAACCUCACGUAAACGGGCGACUGGCCAUGACGCGGAGCAUCGGAGACUUUGACCUGAAAAACGCCGGCGUCAUCGCGAAACCAGAGACCAAGCGGAUUUCAUUACAUCACGUACACGACGCCUUCCUCGCACUCACCACAGACGGCAUCAACUUCAUCAUGAACAGCCAGGAGAUCUGUGACGUCAUCAACCAGUGCCACGACCCAAAAGAGGCAGCACAGCGUCUCUCUGAACAGGCCUUGCAGUACGGUGCAGAGGACAACAGCACGGUCAUCGUGGUGCCGUUCGGCGCGUGGGGUAAACACAAGAGCUCAGACGCGAGCUUCUCCUUCAGCCGCAGCUUUGUGUCCAGCGGCCGCUGGGCAUGAGUGACUAAAGGACAGACUGAAAGGGAGAGAGGGAGGAGGAGGAGGAGAUGGGGGUGUUUGAACAAAUCGGUGGACCAGGUGGGAGGAGGAUCCCAGAGUUCAACAAUUCGAGGGUGUUAUGGGAACAGAAAGAAAAGACUAACGUUUAGACAAGGACCCGGUUCAUAACUUCGUAGUUCUGAUGAGAGACAUUGAAGCAAUUUGUGUGAACAAUACCGUAUUAGGAAUAUUCCAGUGUACAGCAGAUCUGCUUCCCUGAAGAAAAGCAGCGCUUUAGUGUCCAGUAUGUGCACCCUAAUCAGUGUUUCUAAAACCGAACAAGACCAGUAACGGCACGUGGCCCGUCGUUUGCCGUAUCAACGGUUGUCUAGUUUUACCUCGGAAUAUUGUAAAGUGUGUAUAUUUUAUAACUGUGAAUAGAAGGUAGUUUUUUGACUUGCAAGCAUGUUUGAUGGGUCAAGUACACUUGCACUUUGUCACGCUGAUUCUCGGUAGCUCUCGCUUCCAUGGCUUAAAGUGCUUCUCUGUCAUUUCGAAGCUUCGAUUGUCCGGACAUAUUAGACGCGCUAGUGGCCGUGACCUUGAGUUAUUUUUUUUAUAAAUGAGUUAUGUCAGUAGCACUACUCUGUACAAACCUGUUACAGCAUUCCUUCAAUAAUAAGAUUUUGUUUUUUAAAGAGCCCAGCUAUAACACUGUACUAGGAUACUAGUAAACCAAACAAAAACGUAGAUGCUCCUGUAUCUGCAUCACAGCCGUUAAAUUCACGUAGACCCCUCCGUGACGUUUUAUUCACACUGAACAUUUCUUGCUGAGCGAAUAGGUACAAACAGCGUGAUGUUGCACUUAUCCAGAGGCAGCUGCUAAACGUUUGAUCAUCUUAAAGGUGCAGGCAGCUGUUUUUGGUUUUUUGGGGGUUUUUUUUUAAGCAUUUCAUAUUCUCACAUUUCCGCAGCUGUCACUUUGUUAUCCGUUAGUCGGAGCUCGAAGUGCUUGAUGUACGCAAACACGACGGUGAAAUGAAAAAGAUCAUUUUUAAUUUAAAAAAAAAUCCCCAACUUCCACCAGGAUUCAGAUGUUUUAGCCAAGAUUGAGUGCACAUGUGGUUUUGGGGGCGUGGUUUUGCAGGCAACUUGGGUAGCUCCUGCUACCUUCUGACAGAAUCGCUCAACUUUUCAAAACUGUUCCGUCUCACAAUAAAGUUAAUCUGGACCACUGUUAGCACAACGUUCUACUCAUCUAGUGCCUUUUUGUUUCAAUGGUUAACUUUCCCCAUGCAAGCACAGUGAUUUGAUAGUUUAAAACACUAAUAUAGACUCGUUGCAAUACUUUGGCUUGAGCUCAUACACAAACACUUUUGUAAGAGAAUGGUCCUCAUAAGCGUAUUUGGUACAGGUUUGUUUUUUACUGUAUGUUUUGUAUAUAAUAAUAUUUAUAUAUUUUGAUG